GGCUUCCCGACCUGCUGAAGACGGUCCGCCAAGGGGACAAGCUAUACUGUCUGUACAGCCUGGAGGACCGUCUGUUCCACGAGAGGCUUCUGUGCGGCCACGUGGACGGCUCACGGUGGGUGGUGGCGACGCCUGAUGCCGAUGUGUACGUGGAAGACUUCGCCGACGAGGAUCACGUGGAGAUCCACCGAGCUGGCCCUCGAGGGGGAGCCCCGCCUCAGCUGCGCAAGAAGAUGCUGUACCGUUUCGACCUGGACGAGCAGGCUCUGGCCGCCCUCCUGAGCGAGGGGGCGCAGCUGGCGGAGUCUGAGCGCCGCGAGGCCGGCCGCGACUCAGGGGCGGUGGCGCCCGGGGUGGUCCGCCGGCUCCGUGGGGAGCAGCACGUACUCCCGGAGAUGGCGGCCGGUGGCACGGACACGCCGCGUGGUUCCGAGGUCGACUUGGCGGCUGGCGCUUCGGAGCCGCCGCUGCCACCGCCGAGCCACGCUCCCCCGCCUCGCGCGGGCGCCGGCGGUGGGCCCCUGCCGCCAGUGCAGCUGGACGACGGCUGGGUCGCCCUGGAGUCGCGGCUGGGCUUCAGGCGGGGUUCGCCAGUGGACGUGACGUUCCCCUCCGUCUACGCCCUGGACGACCGCGCCAUGGCCUCGUUCCCGGAGGGGGUCAUCGCGCUGGGACGAGUGGGGACCCUCUCCGAGGAGGCGCCGCCCUCUCCACGGGACGCGCGGGAUGAAGUCCUGGACGAGCGCAUCCUGAGGUACCGGAGGAGCGGUACGGGCCAGCGGCGGCGCGCCUUCGCGGAGGUGGUGGCCGAGCAGCGCGAGGUGCUCAGCACUCAGGAGUGGCGCGUGCAGGGGCCCGCUACCAUCGGCUGGCUGCUUCAGGCGCAUCUGGAGCAGGGCAGCGGGCCCGUCCAGCGGCACUACUGGUGGCGUCAGAUCCUGGGGCUGGCGGCUGCCGACCCCGGGGUCGACGAGCAUUUGUUCCUGUGCGAGCUGACCGAGACGGCCUCCACGGCCGACCAGCUCAACCUCCCCGGCUGCGAGGCGUUCGAGCUGGCAGCCAGGCGAUUCCAGCUGUGGGAGGAGGUGUCCUCCGAGGCCCUGCGCCAGGUCGAGGUCUCAGGCACGGCGGGGGCCGCGGCAGACUCGGACGGCUGGCUGGACGAGCGCAGGAUCUUCCUCGGCGGCUCCCGCUCCAAGGGCCAUGCUCUCGCGGCGCCAUCCUUGGAGAAGCACGUGGCGGAGAAGAUGCAGGAGGAGAGCGCCAUCCUCAAGGAGAGGCGCAAGGGCAGAGAGGAGCGCCGCAUGGCCCGCGGCACGGGCAGCAGCGGGAGGGCCGCCACUGCGGUGGUGAUGGCGGCCUCGGCGCAAGGAGUCUCGGACACUGGCAUCGCGCGCGACGCCCUGCCCCUCCCGCUGGGCGUGACGCUCGACGAGCUGCUGCACGGCGCGGUCUGGCUGCGCGAGGGCAUCGCCGCGCUGAACGACCUCGGUGGGCGCGGGGUGGAUGCCCCCGCGGGGGCCCCUGCGGCCUGCCAGGUCGCCGCCGUGCGGCGCCUCGCACAGCUCUACGGCAGGGUGGAGCCGCCGCCGUCCGACCUGACUCCCCUGGGGGCGUGGCAGACGCUCCAGGCUUCGCGGAACGGCUAUGCAGACGUCAUGGCCGAAGGUGCUUCGACAACCUACAGGAAGGGGGCCAUGGCGCUCCCGCGGGCUGCGGCGGGGCGGGUGCGGCUUGCUGACGUCCUGCCGCCGCACCUGCAGUCUCUCUUGUGUGACUCGUCGCAGAUGUUACGAGAGCCUGAGGCUCGCAAUUUUGCUUUGGGUGAGGCUCCCAGGGUCUGCGCCAUGGACCCAGUUUUGCAGCGGCAUGGCUACCAGUAUGGCGAGUGCCUCUCCGAGCUGCUCUCUGCGGGCAUCAUUGAGCCUGCGGCCGAGGGCAGCAUCAUCGAGCGCGCUGGCAUCUUUUUCGUCCCAAAGAAGGACUCGUCGCUGCGGCUGAUCUUCGACACCAGAAGGUCUAAUGCCCAUUUCCAGGACCCCCCCUACACGCUGCUCGCGAGCGGGGAGGCCCUGGCGAACUUGGAGGUCGACGCUGCUGGAGGGAUUGCUGUGGCCUCUGGUGACGUCGAGUGUUGCUUCUACCAGUACGAGCUGCCGUCGUGGGCACGUGCCUUCUUCGGUCUGCCAGCGGCCCAUGCCCAUGUCCUGAGCACCAUCAGCCCGGAUGCGCCCUGGAUCGCGGACACGGCGCCCGCACCGGCGCUGGGGGCUCAGUGCGCCACCGCCAAGAUGCUGUACAUCGACAACGUCGCAGUCUUCACGUCAGGCAGCGGCGACCCCGCGCUGGAGGUGGAGCGCAUGCUGGCCGCCCUGGGCGCGCGGGGGCUUCAGGCUUCCUUUGACCGCGAUGAUGGGGACAUGCACACCCUGCUCGGCUUCGUGCUCCACAAGCCCUCGGCCACCUGGCGCCUGUCGCACAGCAAGUUUUGGCGGCUGAAGUUUAGCCUCGAUUUUGCACUGGCACCUGGGCGUCUUGUCACGGGGCGCGAGCUCGAGAGGCUGAUGGGCCACAUCACCGCGGCUGUCAUGCUGCAGCGGCACAUGCUCUCGCUCUUCCAUGCGAUCUACAAGUUUUGCAGGCGGUCGCGUGACAAGCGGCAGCCUCUCUGGUCGUCGGUGAAGCGGGAGCUCACGUGGUUCAGAGCGCUGCUUCCCUGCGUGACCGUUUCGCUGAGCCGCCCCUGGUGCGAACGGGUCACCGCCACGGACGCCUCUCCAUGGGGGUUUGGAGUCCUGACGGCGGAUUAUGCACCCAGGGACACGCUGGUCGAACAGCAGCUCCUGCACGCCACGGCGGCCGAGGUCACCGAGGAGGGCACCCUGACCCACUUUGAGGAGGUGCCGGCAUCGCGGCUCUUGGCAGACCCCUGGGCGGUCGCGGCCGCCCGUCGCUGGCGGCGGGCCGCGGCCAUCCACGUCCUGGAGGCUGAGGGGGCGCGCUGGGCUGUGCGGCGCCUUGCGCGCAACUCGCAGCUGCAUGGACAUCGGCACCUCAUCCUGGGUGACAACCUCGGGGUGGUUUGCGCGUGUGAAAAGGACAGAGCUGCACACUUUGCACUCAACGUCAUCUGUCGGGAGAUCUGCGCUAUCUCAGUCGCCUCUGGGAUGCAGCUCAGGUUCAGCCCCGCCUACGGCAACCACGCCCGCGAUGCAGCGGAGCCCAGGCCGGCGCCGACCACCCGGCGCGCCUCCGACUGGCGCGGCGGGCACGGGCCGCCAGGCCCUUCGGGCUCCCGCCGGGGCUGGACAUCCCAGGCGCCGCUGAGCGACAGGCCCGCAGAGGUCUGUUCGCGGCGGGCGCCGCUGUGUCUGCGGCGCUCGCGACUGGCGGUGCGUCGGGUGCGACGCGUCACCGUGCGUUCGUACCUGCUGGCGCUGACCAUGCGCUCGGGCUCGCCGCGGCUGCUGGCGCUGCCGGGCUGGAUCCCCGCGCAGUCGGACGGGGCGCUGGUGGACUACUCCGAGUGGGCCUUCGACCGCGGCAUGGGUCAGGAGGCGUCCUCUCGCACCCGCUGUGCCUUGGCUGGGGGCGAGCCCGCGCUGGGAAGGCCCGUUCGGCGCCUCUUUCCCCCCGCGAACGCGUCGCUGUCAGGCGGGACGCAGCGCCCGUCGGGCCACUCCCGCCAGCCGCUGCCGCGGGCGCCUGCGCGGGCGAUGGCGGCCGCGCUGGCCUCGCGGGGGAAGCCAGACUCGGGGCGGUGCGUCUUGGCGACCUUCGAGUACGACCUGGGCCCGUCGGAGACCACGACCUUGUUGGCCAUGCAGUUUCUGCCAGGCAGGUGCAGAGUGGUCAGAGGGCUGCAGCAACCCCUCCUGCUCCUGCACCCAGAGGGACUUACUACCAGCUCCUGGACGGGCGAAUUCGACUCCACAGUGGGGCUCGACCUUCAUCGACGUCACGGGAUUGGGCGCGCUGUCGCGCGGCUGCAGCUGCUUCGUCUCGGGGACGAGCUGCUGUUCGUGAGCUCGCGCCCGCAGCGCCUGGCGGACUUCCAUGUUGCCUGUCAAUACCUCAAGCUCGAAGGUUUGGACUGCUCGCCACACUUCCUGAGGCACGGCGACGCGACAUACGUCUGCGUUGCAGGGUACCGCGCACUGCUGGAGGUGCGGAGGCGAGAAACGUGGAGGACGACUUCGCCAGUUCGGAGGUGCGACAAGGCCGGUCGGCUGGCGGUGGUCAGGCAGGCCCUCAGCAGCGCCCAGAGGAGGAGCUGCGAGAUCUGGGCGGCAGCCGCCCCGCAGCUCUUCGACAUCGCCCACGUGCUGCCCUCCGCGCCGGCCGCCUUGGCGAGCGGCGGGCGUUCCUGGAUCUCUUCUCAG